AUUCAGAGAUUCCUGACAAGUACAUAGUGUUGGUCAAGCACAUCAUGCCAUUCCUGACAGUCCCUUUAGUUGCUUCUAGUGUCGACGGAGCGGGUGGUUAUCUCUCGCCUAGAUCUCUUCAUGGCGUCACUAUUACUCGAUCCAGUGAAGCUGCCGACGCCACUAUUCUUAUACCUAUGAUGGAGAGAGUCUAUUAUGCUGUGAUCAGACAUUUUAUGUUUAUUAAAUCUGUUUCAUAAUGGAGUCUGAUUUUUUGCUUUCUCGAUACAAUGGAGAGUUCGAUUGAAAUUGGCAAGAUGGCAAGUCGGCAUUUCUUCUAUCAAUCCAGUAAAAAGACACAAGAUGCUUGGGGUCACAGAUUCAACUGGACAGACGAACAUUUGACUUCAGAGCAGCUAUAUCCGCUAAAAUACACUUAUGACGAGCUUGCAGACGAAUGUCUCGACAAGCUUGACGGUAUACCUGGCUCAACUGCAGGCGAUGCGGGCACAAAUGACAAACAUAGUGGCCCAAGUCGUGAUCUCUAUGCAUUGCUAAGGGACAACGCUGAAUCAGACAAGAGUUUGGGAAAGCUUUGGAACCAAGUCCACGCCAUUCCAGACUGGGUUGACUGGGCUCAGGUUGCUCGUGGGCAAGAAGUAUUUUACCGAUAUGGGGGUGCUGCACUGACGGGCCUUGCUUUUCAAAGCCUUCUAGGUGGAAUGGGCGCCACGCGUGUGGUUGAGACGCUUGCUCGGACUGGUGGAUUCUCUACACGGGUCGCUAGACGCAGACUAUAUGAGACUACGCAGUAUGUUUUGCAGUGUACAACAUCUCUUGAAGCAAUUCAGCCCGGUGGGGUGGGCCAUAUUUCGACCAUCCGGGUACGGCUGCUGCAUGCUGCAGUCCGCAAACGUAUCAUGAGACUUAGAAAAAGUCGACCAGACUACUAUGAUGUGGAAAAUUGGGGAAUACCCAUCAACGAUCUUGACUGCAUUGCAACCAUUGAGACAUUUUCGUCGAAUUUGAUAUGGCUCAGUUUCCCCAGAAUGGGCUUGUAUCUAAGGGAGCAAGAAAUCGAGGAUUACAUUGCUCUAUGGAGGCUCAUUGCAUGGUAUUCCGGCACCCCGACUUUUCCAUUCGAGAGUGCGUCCAAAGCAAAGGCUGUAAUGGAAUCGUAUCAGAUCGCCGAGAUUGAUCCGACCGAGACCUCGAAAAUCUUGGCCAAUAACAUCAUCAAGAGCCUUGCCGAUCAACCGCCUGCAUAUGCUUCCAAGUAUUAUUUGUAUGCGAACGCACGCUGGUUAAAUGGCAAGGAGCUUUCUGAUCGACUGGGGCUUGAACAUCCGAGUCUGUAUUAUUGGUUUCUGGUUAUGUGUCAGAACUUGCUCUUUAUGAGCGUGUGCUACUCUCAUCGGUCCGUACAUUACCUGGAUCGACGGAAAAUAGCUAGGGUACGAAAAAUAUUUUAUGCAAUGAUUGUGGAACACAAACAUGGGCUUGGGGGCACUCCAUCUCAAUUUGAAUUCCAAUAUAUUCCCCAGUAUGGCAUCUUUACUGAGAAGGGCGAAGCCACAGAAGAAGCGCUCAGUCUUCCUGGAAUCGAGCGCACCGUGCUCAAAUGGUUUCUUAAGGUGGUUAUUGUAGGAGCCCUUCUGUGGUUCUGUCUCGUGCGCUUGCUUAACUACUACUCGAGAAAUCUUGUGUAUAUUUAAGAGGAUUAUUGUUUAGCUGUGCGUUUAAUAGGCACGUCGGCGCGGAUGGGGGAGUUGUUCUGGCAGGUUGCAUGUCGAACAUGAUAUACGAGUAAUCUCUUAUGCAGUAUUCGUAAAUUGCUAAGCUUGAGAUCGCAAAAUCUCGAUGCAGAUUUAGGAAGGCGUUGGGGAAAGUUCAGUGGCUUUAAAUUUGGUGCCUGUCAUCGCGGGAGGAACUUCGGCUUCUAGUGCUCUUUAUACUAUUAAGACUUAAAUUUUCCCCU